CCUCGCGCCGAGGGGGUGUGGUUUUCAGCGGAAGAUGGGCUUGGCCGCUGAGGGAGGAGUUUCGAAGUAGAAAGUGUAACUUUUAAAAGACUAAAAAAACAAAAACUCGUUCUGCUUGUCUUUUUGUUUUAGUUCACGGGUUUAUAUACUUUUUUGUCUCUCCGAAAAACGUUGGUAGGUAACAGUGAGAAUGAGCGACGAGAAUGCUCCAAAAGUUGAACUUUUUGUGAAGGCUGGAAGUGACGGACAGACCAUUGGAAACUGUCCCUUCUCUCAGCGACUCUUCAUGGUUUUGUGGCUGAAAGGAAUCACAUUUGAUGUCACCACAGUAGAUAUGAGAAAGAAGCCUGAAGUCUUGAAUGACUUGGCUCCUGGUGCUCAGCCACCUUUCCUGUUGUACGGUAAUGAAGUGAAAACAGAUACCAACAAGAUUGAGGAGUUCCUGGAGGAACAUCUUUCUCCUCCAAAGUAUCCACAUUUGGCUGCUCGUAACCCAGAAUCUAACACAGCGGGCAACGAUAUCUUUGCCAAGUUCUCUGCUUAUGUUAAAAACUCAAAUCCUCAGUUGAAUGAGAAUCUGGAGAAGGCUCUGCUGAAAACUUUCAAGAAGCUGGAUGACUACCUUGGCUCCCCACUUCCUGAUGAGAUCGACCAAAAUAGUGACGAUGAAGUCACUUCCUCAUCCCGCCCCUUCCUGGAUGGCCAAGAGCUCACUCUAGCUGACUGCAACUUGCUGCCUAAGCUCCACAUUGUGAAAGUGGUGUGUUUGAAAUACCGCAACUUCAGCAUCCCUCAGUCGCUAAGCAACUUUUGGAGGUACCUGAAUGCAGCAUAUGCCCGGGAAGAGUUCGCGUCCACUUGUCCAGCUGACAAUGAGAUCCAUUUUGCCUACUCAUCUGUAGCUAAAGCACUUAAGUAGGAAUAGAACAGGGGUAGAAGCAUGAACGUUCCAGUAUAAGGAGGCAUAAAUAAACAUGCAUGCAUUUAUAAAGUCUGCAAAUAACUUCAUGGAUCUGUUCUUGCUCUGAUUAUGAACAAUGCAAGGAAGAGUUCCUUGCAUUGUUCAUUGUCAUGUUGUUUGUUGCAGCUGUGUGUGAUUCUGUGUACCCCCCCCUUAAGCUGGGCUCCCAUUGCAGUUAUUUGGCUACAAUUUGUAUCCCGAUUCCAAAAAUAAGGAAACUGGGCUCAGUUUAUUAAAAUAGCGGGUAAAGUUUUUGUUCCUUACUAUUAUUGGCGACUACAACCGAGUACGGAUGACACAAGUGCCUGUGUGCACGAGCUGCACAGUCCUACUGUAUUAAGUCGAUGUGGUAUCCCGCGGUUAUUACCACACUAUUCUACAAAGCUAACAUGUAUAUUUUAACAUCUCAGAAUUGUCUUCUGUUGAAGAGUGUGGCAUGGUUUUCAUGGGAUUUACGCUAUGGAUUUAUGUUACAGAUGCUUAUGCUUUUUCUCACAAAAUGAUAGGAUCUUAUCACCUAAUGUUGUACCUGCACAUCCAUUGUUGCCUACUUUUGCCACAAAGGUAUCGCACACAUGUAUGAUAGCUAUGCUUUUGCCAGAGUGCAGAGCAGUGUGGAUUGCACCCAGAGGUGUACUCUCACAGAGCUGCUCACACAUGGAGUUGCACUCUCACAGAGUUGUACGCCUCCCCUUGCUCUCCAGCGCACAGUUUAUACUGACCAUUGCGCUCAUGAUUACUCUGGGCAGCUUCACACCUUCCAUCAAAAACACUCCCCGCUUGCUCCAAGUCAGGAAACAAUUGGCAUUGUAUUUUAAUUUUAGCCUAAAUUGUAGCCUGGCAUC